AUGCCCAAGCUGCUGCCGGCGCAGGAGGCGGCACGGAUCUACCACACCAACUACGUGCGGAACGCGCGGGCCAUGGGGGUGCUCUGGGCCCUCUUCACCCUCUGCUUCUCCAUCCUGAUGGUGGUGACCUUCAUUCAGCCGUACUGGAUCGGCGACAGCAUCGACACGCCGCAGGCCGGCUACUUCGGCCUCUUCUCCUACUGCAUCGGCAACGCGCUCACCGGCGAGCUCAUCUGCAAGGGCAGCCCCCUCGACUUCGGCACCAUCCCCUCCAGCGCCUUCAAAACGGCCAUGUUCUUCAUAGGCAUCUCCACCUUCCUCAUCAUCGGCUCCAUCCUCUGCUUCAGCCUCUUCUUCUUCUGCAACGCGGCCACCGUCUAUAAAGUCUGCGCCUGGAUGCAGCUGGCGGCAGCUACCGGGCUGAUGAUCGGCUGCCUGAUCUACCCCGAUGGCUGGGACUCGAUCGAGGUGAAGCGCAUGUGUGGGGACAAGACAGACAAGUACACGCUGGGCGCCUGCACCGUGCGCUGGGCGUACAUCCUCUGCAUCAUCGGCAUCCUCGACGCUCUCAUACUCUCCUUCCUGGCCUUUGUGUUGGGGAACCGGCAGGACAACCUUCUCCCGUCUGAUUUUAAAGUGGAAACAAAAGGUAAAGGCAGCUGGGGCUGA